UGCAGCGCGCGGGGCUCGUGCAGCAUCAGAAAUGUGAGCCUCGCGCUGCAGGAGGACGUCACGGCACGAUGGCGGGAGGACGGCGGGGUCUCGUGGCCCCUCAGAACACCUUCCUGGAGAACAUCGUCCGCAGGUCCAACGACACGAACUUCGUGCUGGGGAACGCUCAGAUCGUGGACUGGCCCAUCGUCUACAGCAACGACGGCUUCUGCAAGCUGUCCGGGUACCAUCGAGCCGAGGUGAUGCAGAAGAGCAGCACCUGCAGCUUCAUGUACGGAGAGCUGACGGACAUGGAGACGAGUGAGAAGGUCCGGCAGACCUUUGAGGACUACGAGAUGAACUCUUUUGAGAUUCUCAUGUACAAGAAAAACCGGAUGCCGGUUUGGUUUUUCGUGAAGAUCGCUCCAAUCAGGAACGAGCAGGACAGAGUGGUCCUGUUCCUGUGCACCUUCAGUGACAUCACCGCCUUCAAGCAGCCAAUUGAGGACGACUCUUCAAAAGGUUGGGGUAAAUUUGCCCGUCUGACUCGAGCGCUGACCAGCAGCCGAGGAGUUCUCCAGCAGCUCGCUCCCGCCGUCCAGAAAGGAGAGAACGUCCACAAACACUCUCGGCUGGCAGAGGUUCUCCAGCUGGGCUCGGACAUCCUGCCGCAGUACAAACAGGAAACCCCGAAGACGCCGCCUCACAUAAUCCUGCACUACUGCCUGUUCAAGACCACGUGGGACUGGGUGAUCCUGAUCCUGACCUUCUACACGGCCAUCAUGGUCCCCUACAACGUGUCCUUCAAGACCAAGCAGAACAACGUGGCCUGGCUGGUGGUGGACAGCAUCGUGGACGUCAUCUUCCUCGUGGACAUCGUGCUCAACUUCCACACCACCUUCGUGGGGCCCGGCGGCGAGGUCAUCUCCGACCCCAAGCUCAUCCGCAUGAACUACGUCAAGACCUGGUUCGUCAUCGACCUGCUGUCCUGCCUGCCCUACGACGUCAUCAACGCCUUCGAGAACGUCGACGAGGGCAUCAGCAGUCUGUUCAGCUCUCUCAAAGUGGUGCGCCUGCUGCGCCUGGGCCGCGUGGCGAGGAAGCUGGACCACUACAUCGAGUACGGCGCCGCCGUGCUGCUGCUGCUGGUGUGCGUGUUCGGGCUUGCGGCCCACUGGCUGGCGUGCAUCUGGUUCAGCAUCGGCGACUACGAGGUGAUGGACGAGACUGGCGGCGCCGUGCGGGUGGACAGCUGGCUGUUCCUGCUGGGCGAGACCGCGGGCACGCCGUACCGGUUCAACGCCACGGGCUCGGGCCGCUGGGAGGGCGGGCCCAGCAAGGACUCGGUCUACAUCACGGCGCUCUACUUCACCAUGACCAGCCUCACCAGCAUCGGCUUCGGAAACAUCGCGCCCAACACCGACGGGGAGAAGAUCUUCGCCGUGGCCAUGAUGAUGAUAGGAUCGCUGCUGUACGCCACCAUCUUCGGGAACGUCACCACCAUCUUCCAGCAGAUGUACGCCAACACCAACCGCUACCACGAGAUGCUCAACAGCGUGCGGGACUUCCUGAAGCUCUACCAGGUGCCCAAGGGCCUCAGCGAGCGCGUCAUGGACUACAUCGUGUCCACCUGGUCCAUGUCCAGAGGCAUCGACACCGACAAGGUGCUCCAGAUCUGUCCCAAGGACAUGCGAGCGGACAUCUGCGUCCACCUGAACAGGAAGGUGUUCAAGGAGCACCCGGCGUUCAGGCUGGCGAGCGACGGCUGCCUGCGGGCGCUCGCCAUGGAGUUCCAGACGGUGCACAGUGCGCCGGGCGACCUGCUGUACCACGCCGGCGAGAGCGUGGACAGCCUUUGCUUCGUGGUGUCGGGCUCUCUGGAGGUCAUCCAGGACGACGAGGUGGUGGCCAUCUUAGGUAAAGGUGAUGUGUUUGGAGAUAUCUUCUGGAAGGAGAUGUCUCUGGCCCAGUCGUGCGCUAACGUGCGAGCGCUGACCUACUGCGACCUCCACAUCAUCAAACGGGACGCGCUGCAGAAAGUCCUCAACUUCUACUCAGCCUUCGCCAACCACUUCUCCCGAAACCUGCUGCUCACCUACAACCUGAGGAAGAGGAUUGUCUUCCGGAAGAUCAGUGAUGUGAAACGUGAGGAAGAAGAGAUGUUGAAGAGGAAGAACGAGGCUCCUCUCAACCUGCCUCCGGAUCACCCGGUGCGACGCCUCUUCCAGCGCUUCAGGCAGCAGCGGGAGGCACGGCUCGCCACCGAGCACGUCGAUCACGAUGCCGGUGAUGUGGAGACGGGUGUGGUUCCCCUGGAGAGGCCCAGAGGUCCGGUGGUCCUGGCCUCCACCAGCAUAGACAUGGUGACGGAGAACCAAGCCACGGCAACCACAUCCUCGACAUCCGUUGCUUCCUCCCGGACGUCCAGCCGAGUCAUGCUCCACGCUACCGCCGUGCAAAACGGAAACCUGAUCGGCUGCAAAUCGGCAGAGCCGGCCAAAGCUAAAGGCUGGGGGAGAUUCAAGGAAUCGGUGGUGAAGGCAGAGUCGUGGAGCAGCGUCUCCAAGGCCGAGUCCAUGGAGACGCUGCCCGACAGAACUAAGUCUCACGGUGAGAUGUCCCUUAAGAAAACAGACUCCUGUGACAGCGGCAUCACGAAGAGCGAACUCCGCUUGGACAAUGUCGGAGACGCCCGAACACCUCAGGAGCAAAGCCCGGUCCAGUCGGACGAGAAGAAGGUCUUCUGCGCGAUACCGGAGCAGAGCAUUCAGGCGUCUUUCCUCGAGCUGAAACAGGAACUGAGAGGAGACAUCAGAGGUCUGAACAGUCGCAUGGCGGCACUGGAGACUCAGAUGGCUGAGAUGCUGCGACUUCUCAAAUCCAGGAAGUCGUCGGGUUCUUUCUUCGAGAUCUCCAGGCCUCCGUCGCCCGACUCCGAUGGGGACAGCUUCUGUUAAUCUGCGUGUGGAGUCUGACCCGACACAUUUCAGCAUCCACAUUCCGCAGUGUGAAGCUGAGCUGAUGGCGGUUAAGAGGACGAUGAUCCCGCACAAAAGCACUUUGUUACGUUCGUAGCAUCGCCCUGCGAGACAUUACAAACUGGACUGAGGAUAAGGCGGAUUUUCACUUUGAACGGAGACUAUAUAUAUGAAGUCAUGACAGUCAUGGCACCUUUGUUUCUCAGGAAGGUUUAGACCUUCAUAUGAUUUUGGCAAUAAUAUAAAAGAUGGCUUUAAUGUUGUUCUUCAAGACUUUGGCACUGUGAUGAAGGAAACCGUGUUUUAAUGGCGUUUAAAUUACAUACAAAGUCAAUGCAAAGACGCGGCACACGGUGCAAAUGGCGCAAAACAUUUGAACUUGAGCGUGUUGCCUUUUUUAUCCGGUUAUUGCAAUAAAAAAAAUUGCAAAAUAUGUACUUCAAGUAGCGCUGGAAGUGGCAUCAUCAUCCAGAUGUAAAAUGUUUACUUCCUAGAGAAGGCAGUAAACAUCACCAAGCUCUGCUGGAUGAUAUUUUUAAUCUAGACAUAAUGCCAUUUGAUUUACCAACGUAUCUUGUACAGCAAUAAUGUUGUUUUCUUUUGCCAUAUUGAUGACGUAAAGAAACGUUGUUGGUGCCUACGGCUCUACACUGGCAGGUAAUGCGAUCCAACGCAAAUUAUCCAAAUAUUAUGAUGCAAAUGGCGCAACUUGAAUAUUUUUUCCACCCUGGUGUGAACCCGCCUUAUUUGGGUGGCUUUGACCCAUCGCUAGCUCUACCAGAUCCUGAAGGGUCCGCUUUCAUUGGCUGCCUUCACACUUCAUUGAAAAAAAAGGUCUUCAAACUUCUAAAUAAAGUUCAAGGAGAAUCCAGGAGACAGAUCUCUGUGAUUCCAGUGGACAGAUGGAUCUCAAACUGAGAGAGGCGUCCAUGACGUCGAUACUUCCGCGUAUCAUUGGUUGGUUUUUCCGAUAGGGCUGUUUGAGAAUUGAGCAAGUGCAUGACAACAUAUCAAAGCCAACGCUCUGCAGUUGGUUGUUCAGAGCAUUAAUCAAAAGACGGAUGUUUAACUGCUGAACGUUAAAGGACACUGUACUUCAGACUUUCAGCUGAUGGUCAACAGUUCGGUGGUUCGCUUGGUGGGUUUUAUGGCAGCAGAAUGUCCCCAACUUCAUGCAGACUAAACACUGUGUUCAGAUUUCACUGAGAAGUCUUUGCUUGUUAGGGAUCGGUAGUGUUUGUAUAUCCAGAGUGAAUGAGAACAAAUUGAUGCAGCACAGUGACAAUGAAUCCCUUAAUGUGUCCGAUGUUGUAUUCCUGCACAGAGCUCAACAUUAGUCUGGAUUUUUUUGUUUUAGUUUUAAUAAAAAAUCAGUGCAUGCAUGUUCCCAUGUUGCUUCAGAUCUGGAUGAAGCCCAUGGGGUUAACACGUCCAAAUUCAAACAACAGCAAUGUGAAUGCUUCAGUGUCAAAGAUCACAUUUUUGAUGGUAAUAAUUCUGAUAUUUGCGGUGGCCUAAAUGCAUCUGAAUUCAAGAGGAAUAUGUUUUAACUCAGCUGUACAGAAGACAAAUAAUUGUGGCUCAUUGGCACCGUACGUAGGUCACGUGUCUGUGUUGGAGGUGAAAGUCAUUCAGUGCCUCUGUUUCUGUCCGUCAGACUUUUGCCUCUUUGUUGUGAUUUUGAUUGCUGCUGGCGUGCCGGGCGCUGUUUGCUCUCCAGAAGUCACUGGUUGUUAUGCUUCGGAGGAACUUGCAGUAACCAAGCUACCUUCAUAACGGCAGACCUUUGUUGCGACGCUAUUGCAGAGUCUCUGUGUGAAAGGGGUUAGGGGUGGGGAAAUAUAAAUCGAUACAGCAUAGUAUCACGAUAUAUAUUCCCUGGCAAAACUGUAUCGAUACACGGACGCCAAGUAUCAAUCUUUUAUUAUAUUUUCAUGGCAUAACCAACCCUGGGAACUUGAUUGCUCUCGCUACAUCUAAGAUUAGAUCACCCCAGUCAGACGGCCAAUCAAACUAUGAUGUAACAAAAUAAAUUGCACAUUAGAAUUUAACUUUUUUGUACUAGAAUAAUAAAAACAAUAACUUUUUCAGUCCACUAAUGGAGCAGCAUCUUCGUAGAUAACAGAUGUUGACAAAGUUUUUCCUUUGGGGACAUAAUUUGAAUACAUCCCAGAAUGUCUAAAUAUGUUUAAAAUCGCAAUAAUUUACUAAGAAUCGUGAUAAUAUCGUAUCGUGGGGCCAGCCCUUAAAGGGGGAGUGUGUUUCCUUGUAGUGGCAUCUAGUGGACGUUAGAGGAACUGCAGCCGCAUAGCGAAGCUCCGUGUGUCGUAAAUUUCAUCAUCUUCUUACCGUUUGUCCGUGAAUGUCUGAGUGGACAAAUCUGUGAGCUCUGAAUUUUCAAAGUUUUUGUCGCUUUAAGCCACUUUUUAAAAAUGUUAACGUUUUUUGUCGCUUUUCAGCUAUAGCGAGCAAGGUGACGUAUGCAAAACGAGAGAUGUAUUUCACUGAGCUCCGAACUAAGGUCCCAUGGUGUCCACCGGAAGGGGAGGGACUUCCCCUCUCCAUACAGUCGACUCUGAUUAGUACAAAUAAAGCAUCAAAGGAAAUGUAACCUAGUCACCCUGAGAAGGAAGCUAUACGUUUGUCUUGGCUUUGGCAUCUUGUGUAUCCUGUGUACGUGUGAUAUAAUAUAGCGUCAUAAUAUGCAAUUAUUGCCGUGUAUGCUGUUUGCUCUGAGAGACGAGUCGUUGUUUAUGAUCAGAGCUUUAAAUUGACACCCGCCAACCCACCAAAUGCAUGUAACAAUGUUGGCGGGUAACAUUGUAAAGUUACAAGCCAAUUUGGCCUGAGAUGAAAGUGUUUCCAGAUUGGUCUGUUUUCCAGAGGUGGGGGAUUCGAGUCGCACGACUUGACUCGAGAUGCAAAUUUGACUUUCAUUACUAAAUGACUCGACUUGACUUUGACUUGAGACAGAUGACUUGAAAGAACUUGACUUUAAUUAAUGUAACCGCCAAGCCCUAUUCUUUUUUAAGGUAUUAAAGGUCCAAUGUGUGGGAAUUUCUCCCAUCUCGCAAUCAACCCCCUUGCGUCACGUAGCUCAAAGUACGUAUUACAGCUACGGUAGCUUUCACACUUCAAAAAGGGCCGGUGGGGAAGCUACGAUACCCAUUAGCACUAUUAGCAGCAUCUGUGAGUUUAUCAUGUGACAGCGAAAAUGCGAAAGGUGGAGCAGUAUGUCCUGUAUGUCCCUUACCGGCUA